AUGCAGGAAGUUAUACUAGUCGCAUGGUUCAAUGGUGGUGACUUUCCUCUGAUAUUGCGGGGAGGAAGUUAUACUAGUCCACUUUUGUUGGAUUUUGCGGGAGCAAGAAAAAUGGGCCACAGCCAUGCAAGUCUUGGAACUAUAUCCACAAUUGAUGCUGAUGGCAAGCUGAGAAUAUACACCCCAGCUGGUUCAAAAGCUUGGAUGUGGGAUCCAUCGGAAGUGGAGCUUGUGGAGGAAGAGGAGCUUCACAUUGGAGAUUGGGUUAGGGUUAAAGCAUCAGUUUCAACUCCAACCCACCAGUGGGGAGAGGUGAGUCGUUUGAGCGUUGGGGUGGUGCACUGCAUGGAAAAUGAGGAGCUCUGGGCUUCGGCUUUGCAAGGCAUCGGAAAUAGAACGGCUGCCGCAUUCAAAGUGAGAAUUAGAGAAGGGCUGGUGACCCCACAGUGGGGUUGGGGAAUGGAGACUCAUGCAAGCAAAGGGCAGUUCCGGUGGAGAGAAGGGAGGCCAUGGAUCGGAGAUCCUGCUGAUGUUGCUCUUGAUAAAAGCACGUAA